AUGGACAACAAGAUCACAUUCUCCCUCCUGCUGCUUACUCUCACAGGCGUCUGUCAAGAGUCACUUCUGGGUGGAGAGUUGCGGUGUCACUGUCUCCAGACUGUCUCGGGCUUGAUAUCCCCAAAGCACUUGGUACAUGUGGAAAUCAUCCCCAAAGGCCCACAGUGCGGCACCGUGGAAGUCAUUGCGACACUGAAGACGAGCCAGCAAAUCUGUUUGGAUCCCGAGGCCAAAUGGGUGAAGAUGAUCAUUAACAGGAUUUUACGCAGCUCAUCCGGCAGACUGCGCAAAUAG